GCUGAAAUCGUCAAGAGGCUGAAUGGGAUUUGUGCCCAGGUCCUACCCUACCUUUCCCAAGAGCACCAGCAGCAGGUCUUGGGAGCCAUCGAGAGGGCUAAGCAGGUCACCGCUCCUGAGCUGAACUCCAUCAUCCGGCAGCAGCUCCAAGCCCAUCAGCUGUCCCAGCUGCAGGCUCUGGCCCUGCCCCUGACCCCGUUGCCUGUGGGGCUGCAGCCGCCCGCGCUGCCCGCCGUCAGCGCCGGCACCGGCCUUCUCUCGCUGUCCGCGCUGGGCUCCCAGGCCCACCUCUCCAAGGAAGACAAGAACGGGCACGACGGGGACGCCCACCAGGAGGAUGACGGCGAGAAGUCGGAUUAGCGGGCGGCCGGGUCGGGAGGGUGGGCGGGACAAAGGGGAGACAGACACGGAGAGAGAGGAAUGUUUAGCGCAAGACACAGUAUAGCUUGGGAUUGGCUGAACUUGGUAGUAUUUAUGGUAGCCGCCUGCUGGGGCCCUAGCCCUGCUUGCGCGCCACCCCUAGCUUCGCUCACGCCCCCGGCUCCCGGCCUCCCUCCUCCUCCUCGCCUUCCUCCCUCCUCCUCCUCCCCUGCAGCCUGAGCGGGCGGAUACCUGCUCAUUCCACCCAGGAGGCAAGCUGAGGCCUGGAGGCACAAAUGGGAGGCCAGGUCAGAAGACAGCAAAGCCUCAGAAGCCCCGCACCCCUGCACUGCCCCGCUCCGCAACCGUGCCCCUGACCGCCGGCCCGCCGGGCCCCUCAGGGCGCACGCCCCCAGCCUCCCACCCUGGCACUGCAUGCAGACACCACGCUAGCUGCCCCUUCCUGCCCUGGGCACCCCACGUCCCUCCCGCCUCACUCACCUCCUCUGCUAGUUCCAGAGCCCACGCCCACCUGUCCUCUCCCCGCGCGCCUGCCAGAGAGGGGGCAGAGAGAGUGAGCUUAGCCAGGAGCAGGGGGGAGGAGUGGGGGGCGGGCGUCCCAGAAUUCCCUUUCUCCCCUUCCCGAAUAAAGAUGAGGGUACUCAAGUUGUCUUGGUUUUUAUUUUAUUUUUUUCCUUUUUCCAGUAUACUAGCUUGUCUUUUAAGAAAAGGGAUAUUUAAAAAAAAAAAAGACAAAAAUGUUUUAAAAAAACAAGCAACACCCACACCUGUGUCUGUAUAUAGCCUUUUAGACUGUCAGCUUCUGUUGUGUUCAGUCGUUUGAUCGCUGCGGAGAGAAGGGAGAAUGCUGUAUCGAGGGUGGGCUUAGCUGUGCCUUUCAAAUAAAGAUGUGAGAAGGUUG